GUCGGAGGUCUGGGAAGUGCUUCCUGGAGCACGGAGGCGGUUACAAAUCACGUGACAGCGGCUUUCAGAGGAACCUGUGUCAGAAACCGUCCUCUGAAGUGACAGCUCAGGGAACCGGGCAGCCCAGAAACCCAGGCGUGGAGACUGAUCCUGCGAGAGGAAGGGGUUCAUCAUGGCGGAUGACCUCAAACGAUUCCUGUACAAAAAAUUACCAAGUGUUGAGGGUCUCCAUGCUAUUGUUGUGUCAGAUAGAGAUGGCGUGCCUGUCAUUAAAGUGGCCAAUGAUAAUGCUCCGGAGCAUGCUUUGAGACCUGGUUUCUUGUCUACUUUUGCCCUUGCAACAGACCAAGGGAGCAAACUUGGACUUUCAAAAAAUAAAAGUAUCAUCUGUUACUAUAACACCUACCAGGUGGUUCAAUUCAAUCGUUUACCUUUGGUGGUGAGUUUCAUAGCCAGCAGCAAUGCUAAUACAGGACUAAUUGUCAGCCUAGAAAAGGAACUUGCUCCAUUAUUUGAAGAAUUGAGACAAGUUGUGGAAGUUUCUUAAUCUGGCGGUGGUUUCUAUGUAUACCUUACCUUCAUUAUAUCAGACAGUAUCAAUCCAGCAAUCUUUAGACCACAACAACACUUGUAUCCAUGUACUCAAGAAAGGGCCCCUUUGUCCACCUUACACUAGAGAAAGAGCCUGUAGAUAGAAUUUACAGACGGAUUGAUUGUUAUCUUUUCCUGUGUGGGGCCUUUUCUUAUUUGUGAGAUCUGGGGAUUCCACAGAAACGGUUCAGUCUGUCACAGCUCCUGUGGAGUUAGUCCAGUCACCAAAUAUGCAGGAGAUUCUAUUCGGUGGCUCAGAAUCAAAAUGACACUUUGAUCCGCUGGAGCCAUGAAGUGCUCCCUGUUGCACGACAUGCCAGGCCUGCAGAUUGAAGCAGACUCUUCUUAUUGUGAAUAGUGAGGACAUAUUUUUCUUCAUAUUAUUUUAUUUGCAUUGAGAGGAAGAUAAAGUGGCUCAGUAAAAGUAAUAAAAUGAGUACAAUCACUAACUUUCCUUUGUACAUAUUAUUCUGCAGUAUAGGUUACUAACUGAUUUGAUUCUUCUCAGAGGGUGCUGCUCUUUAAUGGAAAUGAAAUGAUAGCUAAUCGUUUUUUCUUCCACUCUGCUUUCUGUAACCAAUCAGUGUUUUUUAAUGUUUGCGUAUUCUUUAUAAAGUUCAGAUGUGAUUCAUUAUUGAAUUGUUUCCAGUAUUGGUAUGUAUGUUAAACAUGGUAGUAUAGCCCUUUUUUUUCAUACAUGAGUAUAAAUAAAAUAGUAUUUUUUAAAGUACAGUUUGAGCACUAUGUAGGUUUUUUUCCCCCAGACUGUUUUCAAACGUUUAAAGACUAUAAUUAACUUAAUUCACUCUUUAAACCACACGAAUAAGUGACUGCUUCACGUCUGGUUUGGAGACCGUUUUACCUAACAUAAACUGUCAGUUGGAAAAUAAACCUCAUCCA